CCGCUGAUAAAAAGGAACCCAUGGACUUUCAUAUCUUUUGGCGUGGCCCCAUCAAUGACAAGCUGUACCUGAGCGCACAUUCGUUCCUGUUUACUCAGCCCCUGGACAAGGCGCGGUUGCAUCUCUGGAUCGACUCUUCCCAUUUUCCCGAUGGUCUUCCGGAAGACUACACGAAGAAUGAGUUUGCAGCGCCCUUGGUUUCGAGGCCAAUGAACAAGUACAUUACUAUUCAUGCCUGGGAUCAAGAAGCCGAGCUUGCGUACUUGUAUGGAGGACUGCGCACGCCAACACUCGCACAGAAGAAACAACAAAGAGUCGGGCUCGAGGCGCUUUCAGACGAAGCUCGGUUUUUGAUUCUGAACUGCAACGGAGGAAUAUACCUUGACGCUGACGUCUUACUGCUGAAGGACAUGUCGCCGUUUUAUGAUGCCGGAGUCGAAUUUGCAUACCAAUGUAGUAAUACUGAAAUGUACAACAUCGCCAUCUUGCGCCUGUUUCCCGGAAGCACUGUCGCGAGGAGGAUCCUGGAUGGUGCCAAGGCUAGAGAGGCAGAGAUCAUGCAGAGGAAGUUAAGGGAGGAAUUUGAACGCCAGCAGGGGAACGGGAAAAGAGGCAGAGGAUGAAGAGAAGGAAGGCACAGUUAUCCAUGAAGAUAUUGCCACGAAAACUCCAGUUCUACACAAAGUUAGCGAGUUCGUCCGUCAAUCCAAGACUUAUAUCAAGAAAGUCAAAAUCCUCAAAGCGUCUGCCAAGUCCCAUAACGCGUUUAAUAGUUCCAGACUGUCCAAGCGCGCUGAGGCGCGACCAGAUGAGAUCUACCAUCCAGCACGUUUGCGUGCCUAUCUGGAUCCUUUGAACGGUGACCUUGAGGGUAACGGUCUGAUCAUGAUGCCCACCGCAUUCUUUGACCCACUCUGGCUACGUAAUGAUGGGGCAGAGAAUAAUGGCACCAUGAAUUCUGAAGGGAUGGUCGAGG